CUGGGUUUUUGAUGGUGAGGCUGGGUGUGCUCAGUGUUUGUGUCACCAUCACUGAUGCACUAUGACGCACUGCACUUGGCUAAAGGUUGUCACUUCAGCAGAGGCAGCCUCUGAGUGAAGAUGUGAACAAACAGUCAAGCUCCAGGAAUCAUUUAGUGGAUCUAAAGGGGGACAGGAGGCUGGGAUGCGACUCUGGUAAACUGUCGGGCUUCGCUGCAAUGUGAGACUCAUGUGUUUUUCCUGGUGACUUCAGUCGAUGAUGUUGUUCUUAUGGUCCGUUAUUGUCGCCGCGGUCGCCUUGCUGGGCGCGCGGCGCUGCGCAGGCGAGUCAUCCUGUGUGCUUUGGUCCAGUGCUGGAGACAUGGUGCAACGAGGCUCCAGCUUUGAGGUGUACUGCACCUUCAACCCAACAUGCCAGCGCUCCAGAUCCAUGCAGAUGUGUGCCGACGGCUCCAGGGAAGAAGAAAAGCUGACUUACAAACAGUUCAAUGAGACAACCAUAUUCCUGAGGGUGGAGAAAAUCACAGAGAAGAGGACAUAUAGCUGUUUAGCUGACUGUAACCCCCCAAAGGACUCUUGUGGACUGGACAUCUCAGCUGGAUAUCCGCCAGAACGACCCAAAAACAUUUCAUGCAUCUACAAGAUCCUGACAAAUGAUACGGGAAGUGUGAAUUGCUCCUGGCACAGAGGAAGGGUCACUUAUCUUCGGGACCGCUUCACGUUGUGGGUACAAGCUGUAAGUGGAAACCACAGCGGAGGAGCGGUGCCGGCGUGCAAUGUGUCCAAUAAAGGAACUGAGUUGCUGUCUGCCAUUUUCACUUUGCCUACAUCUGUCCAGUUCAUGUCAGUCUGGGUUCAAGCCAGUAACCCUUUGGGUUCUAUAGAAUCCUCUGUCGUCAACUACACACUCAGGGAUAUCGUGAUGCCGUCAACGCCUGCUAUUGAUACAGUCGAGUGCUCUUCCAGGAACUGCACCAUCAAAGUUGAGCAGGCUGUGAGAACGCAGCAUCUGCAGGUCCAGUACCGAGACAUGGAGCAGCAGGAGUGGAGAACAUAUGCAGAACCUGUCGGACUGAUGAUCCCAUCUAAGACCAAGCAUAUCUCUUCCUUGGAGCCAUGCAGUUUGUACAGUUUCCGGGUCAGGUCCAGAUUCAGCACGGGCCUGUGGAGUCAGUGGAGCUCAAGCAUCUCUAACCAGACAGAAGAAGAGGCUCCCACCCCAGCUCUGGAUGUGUGGCUUGUCCCUGUUCCUGGUUUAAAGUCCAUGAGAGUCUACUGGAAGGUGUCCGUCAUGGCCGUCUGCAGCAGGAGCAUCACACAGUACAAGAUCCAAGUUAACAGCAACGACAGUGUCGUCGCAAACGUCGGGGCUGAAGUCAAGAACCGUUCUAUCCCAUUCUGCAGCAACUGUGAAGUGUCAGUGCAAGCUGUGAACUCCAAAGGCCUGUCGCCUCCUGCAACCAUAACAACCCAUCAUACAGACGAUGUGCUUUUGGCCAAAACAGCACCUCUUGAAAUUGAAUCGAAAGCAGAGAAUCACACUGUCACCAUCUCCUGGAGGAAACCUCAAACUGCACCUGCCCACUAUUUGGUGGAGUGGUUCUCAGAGGGGCUCAUGUUGAACCAGCUCAGAUGGGUCAGACUGAACAGCACUGAAACCUUCUUUAAAAUCACAGAUAUGAACCCAUAUGAGUGUUAUGAAGGAGCAGUUUAUGUUUUCUACAACAAGAGCUCAGUGAGUAAGACCAGCUUUGGACGAAUCGCCACUUUGGAGGCAGCUCCAGAGAUGGGUCCCUCAGUGGGGGAAAAGGUGGAGGGAAAAAAGAGGAGGGUGACAGUUGUUUGGACAGAGCUUCCUAAGGCGCAGCGCAGGGGAUGCAUCACAAGCUUCACCAUCUAUCUGCAAAACAGGACAGGAGCCCCAAAGCUUUACUAUGCACAAGCAUCAGAGAGGGUGAAGACCAUCGAAGGUCUUCAUCCUGACUCCUACAGUCUAUGGAUGAGUGCUUCAACUUCCAAAGGAGAAGGUCCUCCAGGUCAGAAGAUCAAGUUCUUUAUUGAAGAAGACGACCAUCUUUCCCCUCUGCUGAUGAUGUGUUUGCUCGUCACAGCGGUGGCGUUUACUUUGUGUCUGUGGAAGGGCACAGCGGUAAAGCAUAGGUUCAGUGUGAUUUUUCGGUGCCUGAUGCCUGAUGUGGUGCCAGACCCUGCAAACAGCAAGUGGGCAAGAGAAUGCAGCAAAGAGAAGGGGAUGAUGAAUCUGAAGCUCCCAUCUCACGACUCCAGUUUUACUGACCCUGAAGACGAGACCAUUCUGGUGGAUGUGGAGGAGCUGUGCAGGCAGAUUGGAGACCCUCCUGCACAAAGGAACAACCCUUUGAAAUGUUCACCUGAGAGCACCACUGGCCAAGAGACCGAACUGUCUGCUCUGAUGUAUCCUCCUCUGACCACCUACAUCAAAAGCCUCUCCCACGACUCAGACAGCUCGUGCCAGAUCUCUUCAGACACCAGCACAAUCAUUGACUACAUAUCAUCCCACGGGCAGGAGAAUCUGGAAAACUAUGAUCAAGACGAUGAGGAGUUUCCUGAGAUGCAGUUCUUCCCCAGUCUCAGCCUCCUCAUGGAGCCUGUGGGGUGUGUAGGGAAGCUUACUCUAGACGCAGUAAAAAUUGACUGUAGCGACUUCUUUCAGAAUGCUUAGAGUGACCCUGAAAUGAGGACUCUGCUUAAAACUGAAUUCUCAGCUGAGAUGAACUACCUCCUUUGAUUUUGGAAAUCAUAAAGAACUGCCUCCCUGAAAGCUAAGCUUCAGUUGAGCACACAUCCUUUUACGCAUUACAUUGUAUUUUAAUGAAACGUCUUUGGACACACUAAGCAGAUUUAAAAGAAAUAGAUAUGUUGCAUUUUGGAUAAGAAUUAUUUUAGAGCGUUUCUCUGUAAAACUUUUAAAAAUCCACUGGACUUGGUUUCCAAGAUUUAAAGAUCUUUUGCCACCUCUCCAGGAAGCUUUCUCAAUUCAAAUGUCUGGAUCCGCAGUGAGUUUGAGUCUUUAUAUAGACAAGGCCUUGUAUUGCUUGGAAACAUGCAAAUAGAAACCGAUGAGUGGGUCGUUUGGUUCCAUUGUUAGCCUGUAAUAUCUGAAACCUGUCUAUGAUUGGUUUUUGGAAGCUUCCAAAAUCUUACAAUUCAUUUAUAGAGAUGAUCCCUUCCAGAUAUCACCACACCCCCACCCCAUUACAGAGGAACUAAGUACCUCCCCACUCCAGUCGGUGAACAACACUUCCUUAACAACCGACCCUUAACAAUCAUAGACAGGUUUCAGGUAUUACAGGAGACAAUCCCCCCCUUUAACGACGACCUUCAGAAUCAUGACUUUGACCUGGAUGACUGAGAAUCUUCAUCAGCAUAUUUUAGAGAGGUUAAAUCUGAAAAUAAAAGCUUUGACUCUUCUCAUAAGAGGACAGUGACUGGAACUAUAAGCAUCCACCAAGGCUUUUUGGAUUCUCUGUUUUAAAAUUCCUUUCAUGUGUUUAGAUAUCUUAUUUAAAAAGUCUAUUUCACCCAUGUUAAGAGAUUGCUGUACAUAAAUUGCCAUGCUUUAAUUCUACCUCAAUGUGAAUGUAAAA